AUGAAAAAAGAAGAAGAAGAUAAGAUAGACACUAUAGGCUGUAAUAUUUUAAAAAGAGAAAUGAGAAGAGUUAAAAGUUUCCUAAGAAAGGAGACCAAAGGGAAUUUAAAGUAUAGUGUUGGAUGGGGUGGAUCAAAGAAAUUAGUACUCGAUCCAAAUGAUCCCAUCAUUCCCGAUGUACUUGUUCUCACCACCAAAUAUAUUGAAGAACGUGGAUUAUCGGAACAAGGACUAUUCAGAGUAUCUGGUAAUGCUGCUGAAAUCAACAAAAUUAGAUCUUUACUCGAUAAAGGGGAAACAUUUGAUUUUAGUACAGCAUCAACUCCACAUGUAGUUACUGGCAUUCUUAAACAUUAUCUAAGAGAACUACCAGAACCAUUAUUCACAUUUGGAUUUUAUGAUGCAUUGAUUGCAUCGUAUGGCGUCACUGACCCAACCUCUAGAUUGUCAUAUUUCUUGAUUGCCUUUCUUUAUCGUAUUUGUAAACAUUCAAGAACACAUAAAAUGGAUUCAGGUAAUUUAUCAAUUGUAUUUGCACCAAAUAUACUUCGAGCAAAAGUAGAGACACCUGAACAGAUUGUGGCAGAUUCGCCCAAAGUGACGACGAUCAUUAAACUGAUUAUAGAACAUUACCAAGAGUUGUUUGAAAAGGAUCCAUUCACGGGUGAUUAUUUGGAUUUUGAGACGAGACCGUUCAACGAACUUUUCGAAGACGACUAUGUAUCCAUCUACGAGACUAUCAACUUGGACAAGGAAAUUGCUGCCAUCUACGAGGAAGAGGUAGACAUUAUACUACAAAAGGCAACCAAACCAAAUAUUUAUGAUAUGUUUUCCCCUCCAACUGGCGAAGUCGAUGACAACAUGACACCAUCAUCUUCAUCAAACAAUGCAAAUAAUAUAUCAAUUGAUGAAAGCGAGCCGCCAUCACUCUACUUUGACGAUGCACAAAUUGUACCAACUGCAUCAUCAUCACUCUUGGCUCAACAACACCAUCAACAUCGUCUCUCUAUAAAAUCAAACUCUUCAUCACAAGAUUCAAUUUCUUCACCCGAUAUUUCUAUUGAUUGUGGAAAUACAAUGACAAAUGGACAACAACUGUCAUCACCUCCAACCAUUACUAUUACAACAACUAGUCCAUCACAGUUUUGCGUGUCUAGUCCCACAUCGGUGCGAUCAGUUUCGCCGCGUGGAAAUAAUGGUGACUCGCGUAUUAAUAUUGGUAUUGGUCGAAAUGCAGUCACUAGUGACAGCGAGGAAGAGGAGAAUGACCAUCUUGGCCAAGGAGACCGUCUGACAUUGACGACCAGUGGCGGAGGACUAAACAAUGACAACAAGAUCAUGGCCAUUAAAAAGUUGGUUGACGACUCUAUCAUCCGUCUCGAGAAUGAGUUUCAACAGCUGUCGGAAGAGUUUAAGCAGAAUCUGACGAUACAAGAGAUAUUGUUGAUUGCAUCGUCGAUGAAGAAUAUUAUGAAUGUCAUAAAGGAGGGACCCGACGUUGAUUUCAAGGUGGUGUCGGCACUCAAUAUGGAUAUGGACAUGACACUGUUUACGAGUGAAAACGAGCAGGUCAAGCGACUUGAGACGCUGCGUGCAGCCAUCCUGCACAAGACGACCCGUCUACCAGCCUAUCUCGAGCAGUUUAAAGAAGAGGCAGAGAUGCUCGUCACAGAAGGCAACCAAGUUGAUUUGGAGGUGUGUCUGGGCGGUUUGAUCCGUAUCAUGCGUACCCUCAAGGCAGUUGGCGAUAUAUUGGAUUUCUUUUACAGCAAAUGGCGUGGAGAAGAUGAGAGUGACCAGUCAUCUGUUGGUAACACAGACUCUGCAGUUAGUUCAACCACCACUAAAUCAACCGACAGCAGCAGCAACAGUACACAUCAUCAAAACAACGUUGAUGGUUCAUCAUCAUCAUCAAGAGAUGACAAUGUGAGUGCAGCAUUAAAUAUUGUCGACGAUGAAAAGAGACAAUUACACAACCAACUACAACAAUACCAACAAAAGGUGACCGAUGAAAAGGAUAUUGCCAAGCGACUCGGUGAGGUGGAUAGUGUGAUGAACGAUAUUGAAGAGUCGUUGAUUCGUAUCACGUCAAAGAGCGAACUAGUCUAUAUUGCCAAGAUUAUCCAGAAUCUACACAAGAUUACCAAGAUGCCUUUAAAUGCAACUGCGACAUUUGAUGACAUUCCACCACCAAAGAUCAAUACACUCAAGGUGACACCCAAACAAAAGUUGGCUGCACUCAUCUCUGUAGUCUAUGUUUUAAUCAAGGAAAUACGUGAUGACAUUAAACAACUUAAAUCUAAUAUUGGCGAGACUGCCAAAGACGAGGAUGCAACUGCUGCAGACACGGCUGAACUCCUCAAACAAUAUGACACUCGUAUCAAUGACAUUAACAAACUUCUCGAACGUACUCCAUCUCAUGCUAGAAUCAUGAAUGGUCAAAAUAAUCUAUCCUUAAUUAUUCAAAAUCAAUUAAAUAAUAAUAAUAAUAAUAGUAAUAAUAAUACAACAACUACUACUACAACUACAACAACUUCUUCUUCAUCUUCUUCAUCUAGUUUAACAAUUAAUAUUAAUGGAAAUGGUGGAAAUUAUUUAACUGGAAGUUUGACACCACCUAAAUUAUCAUCAUCACCUAUUAGCGGACUUGGCGGUAGUACGUUACUUGGAAAGGUUUUGUUUGAUCAAUUGGCAAACACCCAGAAUAUAACCAAUAUGCGUAAUAUAUUACUACUAUUGCUUUCAUGUAGUACUACUAUUACACAAGUACAAUCACAAUCUUUAUCAACUGAUGAAUUAAACAGUUGUAUCUAUUUGAUUACUCAAUACGGUAGUAAUAUAGCUCAAAAUUCAGCUUCUAUUUGUAGUAGUGGACAGUUUACUUGUGGUAUUGGCAGUGAUAACAACUAUCAUGUAUUACAAAUAGCAUUUGAUAAUAUUAUUUAUCAACCAUCUGGUACACCACCAUCAAUUACAGAAUUGACAUUCCCAGAAGCCACCAACAUUAAAAUAAGGGCAUCGAUUUACACCUAUUUCGAUUGGUCCAAAGAUAUACUUGUACUAUUUAAGAAUUUACCAAAGUUAACCGUUUUGGAUAUAGGUCAAGAUAGUACAAUUAAAGCUAUUCCACCCAAUUUUAGUCUUGCUAUGCCAAAAUUAACAAGAUUUUAUCUUGGUGGAGCAAAUAAUUUAACAAGUAUUAAUUUUUCAUCAUUUAAUAAUUCAUUACUUGAAAAAUUUGAAACACAUGAUGGAGGUACUACAACAUUGGUCAUUGCCAAUGACCUAUAUCUUCCCAGAUUAUUGGGAUUGAGUAUCUUUCUAAAGAGUGCACCUGCUUCAACCAUUGUAUUUAAUAGUCGAUCAUUUCCAGUCUUGACCAGUGUCUAUUUUAUGUCAAGAUUCGGUAGUGAGAGAGUAAACCUACAACUUAAUCUUCCCUUGACCAUUUUCCUUGGUCAAAUGAUGGAUGUUGAUCAAACUGGUUAUUUUGCUCCAUCUUUUAUGUAUCCAAAGGUUUUAACUAGUUUAGCGUUGGGAGGUAGAAAUUUCAUUCCUAUAGAUAUAACUCCAUUCACUGCCUUGAUCAAUUUGGAAGUUCAAUUUUCUCUUAUAACAUCUUAUCCAUGGAGUUUUUAUCCACCAACUUUAGAGUUUUUACAAUUGGCAAAUAAUAGAUUGACUAGUAUCCCAACAAUGGCAUUUCCAAAAAAUGUAUUCUCUGUAAAUCUUUCAGAGAAUAGAUUAAGUGGUACCAUUCCAAUUAGUAUAUUGGCAAAUAAACCAAAAAAAAUGAAUUUUCAAAUUGGAGGAAACCAAAAUAUAACUGGUAACCUUGGAGAAGAGUGGUGUUCAAUUAAUGGAUUGUAUAUUCAAAACACAGGUAUCACAUCAAUCCCAGAUUGUUGGUGGUGUUAUUCUUCUAGCAACUAUCUCCAAACAUCUCUCUUUCCCCCCAAUCCAUCUACUUUACAAUGUAAUGUUUCAGUUGAUAGUACAUCUUUACUUUCAAAGGCUGGAUAUGUCACUAUUGUUGGUCAAAAUUUGGGUUGGGCAGUUAAUAUUCCAAAUGCCCGUCUCCUUGUACCAAACAAGGAAAUUCUCUAUAAGGUCAAUCUUACCAGUGGUGGAUUCCAACAAAACAUUACGGUCAGCUUGAUUGAUCCACCCAAGCCAGAAUUCACUUUUAAUUUCACCACCAAAGAAGUUGGAUUCGAGACACUUUCUAUGAGUGGUCAAUCUUCAAGUAUCGAUAUUUGGUAUUACAAUGUUACAUUCAAGUAUUGGAUCGAUGAAUUUUUACCAGUCAUCACAAUGAACAACAACAUUCCAUGUCUAUCACCGGUUUACUACAACAAUACAAAGUCAAUUACUUUUUACUUUAGUUAUCCUCCAGUUGGUCAACAAUCAAUUACAAUGAAUAAUCAAUAUCAUAGUAGUUUUUAUUAUGCUCUUAUUACUAGACCAAUUUAUAUGUCAUCUUAUUUAAUGGAUCCAAUUUAUCCACCAGCAGGAAUUAAUAUGUAUGGAUAUUUUGGAGACGCUACCUUGGAAGAUGGUUAUGUAACAUUGUCUUGGGGACAAGAUAUAACCUUUUGUAAUUUUACCUCUAUCAAUUCUACAUUUAUUCGAUGUAAAUUUGUGUCGGUUGCAUCACCAGGCGACAAGACUCUAUCACUUAAACUAAACUUUGUUCAAGCAGGAGUAGCCUAUUUAGUUUUCCCAACUGCACCAUCUUCCUAUGUCGAUUGUAUGAAUAGAACAAACAGGUGUAAUGGUCGUGGUAGUUGUGUUGAUGGUCAAUGUGUUUGUGACCCAGGUUGGACUGAUGAUUGUAAAUUACAAUCUGUACUUGCACCAAAUGUUGAUUUUAUAAAGAAUGGUGAAGUACCAUCAGCAGUAUUUUCAUAUGGAGACUAUUUAUUUGCAUUUAAUAUGAUUAGUAUUCAAGAAUUGGAUAUUGAUGAUAAUAUAAUCAAUCAAUUGGAUACAUUAAAUUGGACCUAUGUGGACAAAUCAACACCUACUCUAACAUCGGUAGCAUACCAAUUGGUCAAAGCACCAGAGGUUGCUUCCAACUUUACUCUACUCAAUGUGGUUUCAUUGAUCGAGUUUAGUGAUCAACCUAGAACCGUGCAAUUUGCAGGUGAUGACAUUCAAUUGGGUGCAGGAUCAAUCAAAAUCUCUGUUGAAAUUACCAAUUGGCCAUUCAAUACUACCAUCUCACAUCUUCGAGUUGUUUUUUCAACCAAAAUCAAUAACGAACAAUUUGUAGUUGGUUGUGACAAUUCAAAUGUUGCUAUUGAAUCAUUGCAAAAUGCACUGAGUGGAGAUUCAUUGCAAUACCUCAGAGUGGUACAAGGCAACGUACAAUUCUUUGGCAGAUUUUUAGACUAUAGUGUUGGUGAUGGUAGAAAGGUAUCAUCAAUCGCUCAAGUAUUGAAUGUCACCAAGAUUGACGACAAGGAAUCACUGGCAACGAUUGGUAUUAAUUUGCCAAUAUGUCAAGUGUGUCUUCUUGAUCCCGAUUUCUCUGCUCUGAUUGUCGAUCGUGAUAGUUAUGGAUCUUGUGAAAAGGAUGGCAACAACAACUGGAAAGUCAUUGUUGGUGUAGUUGUUGGUGUGGUCGGUGCUCUUGCUCUUGGUAUCAUAAUUUUUGCGCUCGUCAAGAGAAAUCGAUUCUUUUUCAUUCGUCGUAAAAAGAAUGAAAGUUCAAUUGAUUUACAAUCAAGAAAACUUUAA